GCAGGCGCCCGUCGUUGAUUGGAUGCUUCCUCGGAGGUCGUGGGGAGGAUUUUCUGUCUACGUUGGGUGUUUCCCUUCCCUGCAUAAUCUGUUUUGGCUAUAAAAGCCUGCGCUCAGCAUCUGCCAUUCGAGUGCCAAAAUGAAGCUGAAAAGGAGCAAAGAGAGCUCCUGCUCCAGCGACGCUCCGAGGGGGAAAAUGACCCUUCUGCUUGCAAUGGUGACGCUGAUAUCCGCCUUCGGGUCCUCUUUCCAGUACGGCUACAACGUGUCUGUGAUCAACUCUCCAGCGCCGUACAUGCAAGUCUUCUACAACCUCACCUACCUGGAGAGGAACAAAAAGCCCAUGGACAGCAACUUGCAGACGCUGCUGUGGUCUGUCACCGUGUCCAUGUUCCCCCUGGGAGGCUUCUUUGGAUCGCUCAUGGUGGGGCCGCUGGUUAACAAGUGUGGCCGCAAGGGCACCUUGCUGAUAAAUAACGCCUUCUCCAUCAUUGCUGCAAUCCUCAUGGGAACCUCAGAGGUGGCAAAAACCUUCGAAGUCAUCAUCCUUUCCCGUAUCAUCAUGGGAAUAUAUGCUGGCCUGGCCUCCAAUGUGGUUCCCAUGUUCCUGGGAGAAAUGUCCCCCAGAAACCUGAGAGGUGCUGUUGGGAUUGUACCCCAGCUCUUCAUCACCAUUGGGAUCCUCAUAGCUCAGGUCCUCGGGCUUAACAGCCUCCUUGGGAAUGCCAAAGGCUGGCCGGUGCUGCUGGGGCUCACUGGGAUCCCGUCGCUAAUUCAGCUCCUUAUCCUGCCCUUCUUCCCCGAGAGUCCCAGAUACCUGCUCAUACAAAAGGGCGAUGAAGAGCAAGCUCGGCAAGCGCUGCAGAAGUUGCGAGGCUGGGAUGAUGUAGAUGAUGAGAUAGAAGAAAUGCGCCAGGAAGACCGAUCAGAAAAGGAAGAAGGACACAUCUCUGUGCUCAGCCUGUUUACCGUCAGAGGCCUCAGGUGGCAGCUCAUCUCCAUCAUUGUCAUGAUGAUGGGCCAACAGCUCUCGGGGAUUAACGCGGUCUUCUACUACGCAGACAGAAUCUUCUUGUCAGCAGGUGUGGACAAAAAUAGCGUUCAAUACGUUACCGUCUCCAUAGGGGCCAUCAACGUUGUCAUGACUUUACUUGCUGUUUUCAUUGUGGAGUCACUGGGGAGGAGAAUCCUCCUCCUUGCUGGCUUUGGGAUGUGCUGUGUCUCCUGCGCGGUGUUAACACUGGCCCUCAACCUCCAGACAAGUCUCUCGUGGAUGUCCUACAUCAGCAUAGCGUGUGUCAUUGUUUACAUCAUUGGACAUGCUACUGGAGCCAGUCCGAUUCCCUUUGUGAUGAUCACGGAGAUGUUCCUGCAGUCGUCCCGGCCUGCAGCGUUCAUGGUGGGUGGAUCUGUGCACUGGCUGUGCAACUUCACCGUGGGGCUUGUGUUCCUCUAUAUGGAGGCUGGACUGGGGGCCUACAGCUUCCUCAUCUUCUGUGCCAUCUGCCUGGCCACUAUAGUUUACAUCUUCAUCAUUGUCCCCGAGACGAAGAACAAAACCUUCGUGGAAAUCAACAGGAUCAUGGCCAAGAGGAACAAGGUGGAGUUUCAGUCUGAGAAAGAGGAGCUCAAGGAUUUCAAGACUGUUCCAGGAGAGCAGGCAGGAAAGAGUGAAGUCUCCCAGAGCCAGCUGUGAUGCCACCCAGCAUUUGGCCUGGCCCAAGAACGUGCAGGAUCGCCCGGAGAACAGCGACUUGCCCUGGUCCUGAUCUUGAACUUGGACUUUUGGCACACUUGGUGCAGCAGGAGCUUGCAAAGAAGGCAGAGCUUAUGCCAAGUCUUAGCUGCUCGGUGUUCUCUGGGAUGGAGAGAGAAUGGGUUGUGCUGAGAGAUGCUGUUAGAUGGGCUGAUGUAGCUUUUAUCCUGUCCACUCUUGUCCUCCUUUCGGGUGAUUUGCAGGACUGUGAGCUUGGGAAGGCUCAACACACCUGCCCCGCUCACCAAAUUUGCCUUCAAAUCAAACGUAGCCCUCAGCUGUUACAGAAAAGUCCUCCUUGAGAUUUUUUUUUCUUGUGCCUAGGACUCUUCCUCUAGAUUUGGACUGAUGCUCGUUCACAGUCGGUCUCUACUCGCUUGCUCCUGUGGCACUGUAGUCCUUGGGAAUGGCCUCUCUGCUGUGUGCAUCUCAGCUGACAAAGAGCAACAGUCCCUCUCCUAAAUCCCAAUACCCUCCAUAUUCCUUCCCUGGAGCUGUGACACCUAGUGCUCCUCCUGUCCCGAGAGGCGCGUGGUCCUGAAGACCAUAAGAACCUCCGUGCUGCGUUGCUGGGGCCGAGCUCAGGCUGGUGUCAGGGCAAUGACCACAGCUCUGCAGCCCCUUUCCAGCUGUGGCCAUCAUGUCUUUGUACCUCUGGUUUGGGGCUCUUGCACUGAGUUGCUUGAAGCUGGAGUUUCCAAAGAGCUCAGCUCGCAGGUGUCUGAAACUUGUCUGGGGGAAAAAAAGGCUCUUGGUCCUUCUAAAGCGUUUUCUGAGGGCACAGCUCCACCUGAAGGCUGAAGCGGUUUGGGAAAGCUCUGCAGCCGGAGAACUAGUGCUGGCUCUCAGAAGAAAGUACAGUGCACGUGAGAAAUGAAAGAUUGGUUAAGAUAUUUAUUGAUUUCAUGUUUUGAGGGUUAAUGACAGCAUAAUUUCCCUCUGCAAGGGCAAAAAAAGUCAAUUCUUCAGCAGGCUGCUGCUGACUUUGCACUGCUGAUGGGGAUGGUCCUUCGCAUGAUGCACUUUUGUACCCUCAAAAGGAAAGGAGCUUCAUCCCUGCCCUCAAACUCCUCCUGUGAUAUCUUUUGCUUGAAAGAGG